GCAAAAAAUUGCUGGUAUGGAAGACUUGUUAGAGUUGAGGCCUAGGACUGGCACGCACAUCCCUCUCUUCUUCUAGCAAUGUGAGAGAGAGAAAACGAGUGUAGAAAGACACGGACACCACCACCAAAUCCAACAACAACACCGAGGUUUUCUCACUUUCCCUAUGCAUUUUGCAAUUUUAGACAGAAAAAGCCAGCUAGCCUAUAGUGCCUAUACCAAACCAAAAACCAACCGAUAGUAGUAGAAUUGUACACUACUCUCUCUUUCCCUUUCUCUUUUUUACUUUUCUCAGUUAUGGUAGAUAGUCAUACUAGUAUUACUCUAGUAUCAUACUAUCCAUCUUUAAUCUUCCCAAACCCAGUGCUUAUUUUUUCCUUCUCUUUUAGUAUUUAUCUAACAAAAAUGAAAUACUAGUACUAGUACUACCAUUUAUGUCCGUUUUUCUUUGUUUGUGCAAUUGUACAAGGAUCCUCUUUUCAACUCUCAAAUCCCAAAUCUCAAAACCAAAACCAAAAUACACUUUUUUUUUUACCAAUGCGUUUCGUACUCAGUUUUCGGUGACACCCACAAAUUCCAAAAACACAACCAAAGUUAAAAAAAACAAAAACAAAAAAAAAAAGCAGCAGCAGAAAUGCAAGAGACAAUCCUAAGUGUUCUUUCCGACCAACAACCCAACAACAAGAAAAAAUCCGAAGAAGAUGAUGAAGAAGAAGAAGUGGAGUUGGUGGUACCACCGCCAUGUCUGGUGGUUGGUCGGACUCGAUCCCCAAGUGGGUCGAGGCGCGUGUCUCCCACGGCCUCUCCUACCACCGUGGAGAAAUUACUUCCAAAUGGAGAUUUGUACAAUGGAACAUAUUCAGGGAACGUGCCACACGGUCAUGGCAAAUAUCUGUGGUCAAAUGGGUGCAUGUACGAAGGUGAGUGGAAGAAAGGGAAAGCGAGUGGGAAAGGGAAGCUUUCAUGGCCAUCAGGAGCUACCUAUGAAGGUGAUUUCAAGUCUGGGAAAAUGGAUGGGUUUGGUACUUUUAUUGGAAUCGACGGUCACACUUACAAAGGGUCUUGGAUUGCAGAUCGAAAGCAUGGAUAUGGUGAAAAGUUUUAUGCCAAUGGGGAUAUCUACAGAGGGUUUUGGAAAAGGAAUUUGCAGGAUGGUCAAGGAAGGUACAUGUGGAGCAAUGGGAAUGAGUAUGAGGGUGAAUGGAAGAAUGGGAUUAUUUCUGGAAAUGGGGUUUUGGUUUUGAGCAAUGGGGAUAAGUUUGAUAUGUGUUGGGAAAAUGGGGUCCCGAAACCGAAAGGGAAUGGUAAUAUUGUGAAUGUGAACGCUACUAGGAAAAGGUCUUCAGUGGAUGUGGUGGAGAAUGUGGAUUUGGAUGUGGUGAGGAAUGUGAAUCUAUUCCCUAGGAUUUGUAUAUGGGAAUUGGAUGCUGAGGCUGGGGAUAUUACUUGUGAUAUUGUGGAUAAUGUGGAGGCUGCGUCUAUGUUUUGUAAGGAUGGGAAGGAAGAGCAGUGUGUGAAUCAUGGAAAUUGGGGUUGGCAGACACCCCCGAGUCCUGGUUUGAUGGCUAAUGAUGAGGAAGUUAAGAAACCGGGUCAGAAGGUUUCCAAGGGACACAAGAACUACGAUUUGAUGAUCAAUCUCCAAAUGGGUAUUAGAUACACUGUUGGAAAGGAUGCUUCAAUGGUGAGGGAACUUAGGCCAGGGGAUUUUGAUCCCAUGGAAAAGUUUUGGACAAGGUUUCCACCUGAAGGAUCCAAGUGUACGCCGCCACAUCAAUCAGUGGACUUCAAAUGGAAGGAUUAUUGUCCCAUGGUGUUUAGACAUCUGAGGGAAUUGUUUGGAAUAGAUGCUGCGGAUUACAUGCUUGCUAUUUGUGGAAAUGAUGCGCUUAGGGAAUUGUCUUCUCCUGGGAAAAGUGGAAGUGUAUUCUACCUUACUCAGGAUGACCGGUUUAUGAUCAAAACUGUCAGGAAAUCUGAAGUCAAGGUGCUUAUUAGGAUGCUUCCAAGCUACCACCAACAUGUUUGUCAGUACAAGAAUUCCUUGCUAACAAAAUUCUAUGGCGUUCAUUGUGUCAAACCAGUUGGUGGUCAAAAGACACGUUUCAUCGUGAUGGGUAAUCUCUUUUGUUCGGAGUACCGAAUCCACAAACGAUUUGACCUCAAAGGAUCUUCUUAUGGCCGCACCACUGAUAAGCCUGAGGGGAAAAUAGAUGAGACAACUACAUUCAAAGACCUUGAUCUGAAUUAUGUGUUUCACUUGGAACGAUCAUGGUUUCAAGAACUUAUCCGGCAAAUUGAUAGAGACUGUGAAUUCUUGGAACGGGAGAGAAUCAUGGAUUACAGUCUUUUAAUAGGUGUUCACUUCCGUGAUGAUUACUCAAGUGAUGAGAUGAAGAUGUCACCAUUCAAUUUGGAUUCAGGCAAAAGUGAUACGCAACAUGAGCAGAGAGGAUAUCUAAUAGGCAAAGUAGAGUUGCAAGAUAGUGAUUGGAUUAUUGUUGGCGGGGGACCACCUAUCAGGUUAGGGGCAAACAUGCCUGCUAGAGCAGAAGAGAAGGUGCCAAGGGUUGGAUUGGAUCAACAUUCAGGGAGUGGGAGUGAAAGUAGCAAUUCAACAUCAACACCUCCACAGUGUGGUGGGGAGGUCUUUGACGUGAUUCUUUAUUUUGGUAUCAUUGACAUUCUCCAAGAUUAUGAUAUUAGCAAAAAGCUAGAACAUGCUUACAAGUCCUUGCAAGUGGAUCCCACCUCCAUCUCAGCUGUUGAUCCGAAGCUAUAUUCCAAAAGAUUCCGAGACUUCAUUCACAGAAUUUUUGUGAAGGACAAGUCAUAAACAACAAUUUUGAAGAAAACCCAAUUCUCAGAUUGUUUAAUCUUAUGGGUUUCAGCCCCCAUACAGCAGGAUGCCAGGAUUUAUAUAAAUCACCCUGGCUAUGAAUGCUGCAAAUAGGCGGUUAAGGCUAAUCGAGGAAAAGAGCUGGGGAUGUUUAAUGGCUAAUUUUUUAUUUUUAUUUUUAUUUUUAUUUUUAUUUUUUAGGCCUUGAUAAAAUAUAGGCAAGGAGGGCGGUUGGUGAUUUCACACCAAGGUGUAUAUCUCAUUAGAAACAGCAGGUGAUCACAACCUUUUUCUUUUUGGUUUUUUGGGAGUUGGGUUUUCUAUUUUGUGGUGGGCAAUUCAGAUAUAUUGGUCUCUCUGGUAGCAGGGUAUAGAAGAUAGAGAAAAUGCUUCCAGAGAAAUGCGGAAUAGGAGGGGAUUCAAUAAAGAAAUGUACAGCACAAAAAGAUGGGUAUUGGAAUUGAACAAAAAUUUUGUUGGCA